AUGAAAGUGUUAAUACGAUUUUAUGAAAGUCAUCCUGAUUUUAGGUUUGGAGAAUUUAAUAGUUUACUUCGAUUAUUUCAAGUAAAAUGUGAGUAUGACCCAAAGACUCUUGACAACGUUUAUAUGUAUGCGACAUUUGAAAGUCUUGAUGAUAUAAAAAAAAUAUGUUCGAGGUCAGUACUAAUUAAAACAGUAUAUGAAAUUUGGGGAGAAGCAAAAACAUAUGAGGAAUUAGUUCCUAUUGUAUAUUCAAAAGCUGAUGAAUUAAUUCCUAUUCAUAAAGGAAAAACAUUUAGAUUAAAAGUAACAUGUUUUGGAAGAAAUUAUAAACAACCAGAACAAAUUGAAAGAUUUGACAAAUUUAAAGAUUUUAAAUUAUAUGAUUAUCUUGGUAGUGUUAAUUUAAAAAAACCAGAAUUAAGUAUUGCUAUUAUGGAAAAUAUUGGUCAUCUUAAAAAAGCUACAGAACAACCUAAAAACAUUUAUUUUGGAUAUUCUUUAUGUAAAGGUAAUAGAAAAUUGGUUAAUCAUUUUAGUUUAAAGGUUAGACCAUAUAUUGGAACUACUUCUAUGGAUCCUGAGUUAUGUGUUAUUAUGUCUAAUAUGGGCUGUUGUAGACCUGGAACUGUUAUGUGUGACCCAUUCACUGGAACUGGAUCUACAUUGGUUACUUCUGCUCAUUUUGGAUCAUAUGUUCUUGGGAUGGAUAUUAGUAAUGUUGCAAUGAGAUCAAAAGCAUAUUAUACUAAAAAUACUGGAAAGCCACUAAAAGAUAUUACUACAAAUAUUGAUUAUUAUAAUCUUCGUGACCAUUUCUUAGGAUUAGUUACUAAUGACUUUGCAUUAUCUUCAUUACAAGUUCGUCCAAUGUUCGAUUGUAUUGUUACUGAUCCACCAUAUGGCAUAAGAGAAGGUGCAAAAAAGGUUGGAAAAAGAAAACCUGAUAUGGUUCCUAAACCAGUCAUUUGGGGAGAAGAUUAUCAUCCUCAUAUUCCUCAAAGAAUUCAAUAUGGAAUAGAUCAAAUACUUCAUGACCUCUUCUUGUUUGCUGCACAAAACUUAGUUGUUGGUGGAAGAUUAGUUUUUUGGUUCCCUUCUAUCUUUCCAGAAGACCGUGGAAAAGAUUUUCCUAAUGAAGUAAUGGGAUGUUUAGAGUUAGCUGCAAAUAGUCUUCAAGUAUUGUGUCAUUCUUGGGGAAGGAGGUUAAUUACAUUAACAAAGGUUAGAGAGUUCCAAGGGGAAAUGGACAUUCCAACAGAAUGGGAAAAGGAUUUAAGUAACUUCAGAAAACGAGUCCUUGGUCCAGGUAAUUGA